AUGCCGGCACCACCGCCAUGGUUAUCGUCCAAGCCGCCGAGCUCGACAUCGCAGGCCAGCUAUUGUGAACCAAAGUCACCGAUCAUCAAGGUAGAGCCAGGCACAGAGGGGUCGCCAGAAGCCAUGGCAAUGUCCAGUAGCGCCAAGACAAAGACAAGAAGCGAGAGUCACUCUGGUACACCCUUGCUGGAGAGGAAGAACACAGAAAGUGUGAGAAGAUUGACUUUCGCUCAAGAGAAAGAGGUAGUAGCAUCCGAAACCUGGCAGUACAUCAAUGGUCUGACACCAGUUCCCAUCCCAAUCCCCGUUUUUCCGAGCGCCAUGCGCGUAGUCUUGCAACUUCCACGCCAGCGAGACUUGCCAGAGGCAUGGAAACUUCGACUUGCUUCGGAGAAGCUCAGCUACACUAACUUAGCGCUACUCAUCAAUUACCUUAAUGGUGACGCACCCAAGGAUAUUCUCUGCAACUCCUCUGCCGCCAGCUGUGCUGAAAAAUGGAGAUCGGUUGUUCCUGCCAUCGCCAGUCUAGAGGAAGGAAAAGGAACCAUUUACAAGGACGGCGCAUUCCCUCGCUGUGUAUUCUUACCUAUCGAGAGAAGCGACAGCCCAUCUGACUCGGUCUCAACCAGCUACGUCCACUCAGCCGGUUGGUUUCACCAACGUGAGGGACAAGUUCUUCCCAUCGGCACCGACGGCGCAACUCUCCAGAUCCUCGACUUGGAAAACAAGGGCGCCACGGUCCCACUCCCGAGCGGCUCUCAGAAUCUCUUGUGCAUCGUCUUCGAAGGCACUGUGGAGGUCAUCCUGCAGGAUACGCCUGUCUUCACCCCCUCGCGUGGUGGCCAGUGGAGUGUGGGUGUCGGAAAGGAAUGCAGAGUUCGGAACCCGCGUAUCGGAACGAAGGCCGUUCUGUACAACAUUGGGGCACCGGUUAAGCAAAACGACGAGUAG